AUGCUCCUCGGGCACGUCGGCACCGCGGCCACGCUGUCUGACUGGCGAGACGCGGCGAUGGCGGCGACUGAAGCGUGCGGGCCGCAGCUGACCGCAGAGGGCGAGGCGGCUUGGGCACUCGCGUCGCAGAUUGUGGAGGCGGUGCCGAUGGCAGAGGCCGAGCGCGAGUUCGCGCAGCGCGUCGCCGCGGCGGAGGAGGAGAGGAGGCAGAGGGAGGCGCGCUCGGGCGCGUCUCCUCCUCCUCCGCCUCGGCCGCUUCCUCGAGCUUCGCCUCCGCCGCCUCCGCCGUGCACCGAGGGGCCGGAGGUUUGCCUUGCGGCGCUGGUAGCGAGCGUGCCGGUGCUGGACGGCACGACCGGCAAGUUCGUGCCGGUUUUGACGCACCAGUCUCCUCCUCUCGACGGCCAUCUUCUGUCUGCCUCUGCGACGCGGGGUACCGCAUCCGUCUACGAUGGCGCCGGCACUGUCUGGGCGUGCCGCGGCCAGGAUUGCGAUCGGGCAGGCGGCGGCGGCGGCGGCGGCGGCGGCGGCGGCGGCGACGGCGGCGACGGCGGCGGAGGAGGAGGCCGCGUGGGUGCUGCGGAGCUGCUCCGUCGGUUGUGGGACGCCUGGGAGCCGCAGCUAGAGCUGGAGCUGGCCGCAGAGGCAUGCAGCAGCGCGGGUUCGUCGAGAGGAGGCGCGUGCGCGAGCGCGGCGGCGGCACGGAGGCAGCUCGACAGGCGCCGCCGCACGUUGUCUUCCGAGCGCGUGGGUGCGCAGUUGGCGGCGUCGCGCGGGACAGAGGCGCUGGCGCUGGCGGAGGCCAAGUCCGUCAUCGUCCAGGGCAGCGUGCGCGCGAGCGGCGCGGCGCGAGCGCUGCAUCGCAACACGCGCAAGUUCCGCGGGGAGCGCUGCUUCCGCCGCUGCAAGAGGAACGGCGCGUGCGAGCAUUGCGGCACGGACCUCUGCUGCCGGAAGGGGUGGGACGCCAACCAGAGCCGUAGCGGAGGGGGGCCCGCCGAGUCGGGUUGCGGCGGACUCGGCGGAGAAGGCAAGCACGUCUGCACGCGCGUGCCGGCCAUCGACGCCAACGCGACGGCGCGAGAGAGUUUCGCAGAGGCGCUUGCGGCCCACCUCGUGCUUCUGCCGACCGCGCGCUCCUUCGCGGCGCCCGUCACCCUCGCACAUGUCGCCUCCGACCUCGGCCUCGCCCUCAACUCCUCCAAGCGAAGGAGUGGCGGUCCUGCCGCCACGGAGUCUGCGGACGCGGCGCCGCCGUGGCGAGGCGUCGGCAGGGCGGGCGAGGCGUUUUGCGGGUCCACCCCAGACGGCCGCAAAGGCUCGCGUCGGUGGCUGAGCUGCGGCGGGCUAGGUGACCACCACGGCGGUGACCUCGAGGCGCAGGGCGAGCUCGAGGCGGCCGUUGCCGCGCGGGCGUGGGUGGCCGGGCCGGGCGAGCGGCGGCAGCUCGUGCUGGCUUGCGAGCGGCCGGAGCUCGUGCUGACGUACGCGAACGAGGCGGGCACCGCGUGGGUGACGAACCUCGUCCUCUCGCUGCGAUCGGUUGGUGUGGACCACUCGCUCAUCGUCACGCCGUCAGCGGCACACUGCUCGGCGCUCUUCUCUUCGCCGGCGAGGCUGUCGUGCGGCCACACCUCGUGGGAGGUGCCUGCAAUGCAAGCCAAGGAACUCUGGGAACGAUUCUUCGUUCAUGACUAUCCAAGGGUACAUGCCCAGCAGUCGAGGGACACGGGAACGGUGCAUUCAAAUCACAAAGCGUCAACAGGCGUCAACACGCUCAUGCUCGACGGCGACAUCACGCUGCACGGCAACCCGUACGCGCUGCUCAAGGCGCCGCCGCUGGCCCGCCACCAGCUGCUCUACUCGCUCGACCACCGCAACUUUUGCGACGAGGUCAACAUCGGCUUCAUGUACUGCCAGGGCUGCGCGCGCCGCGGCCGCGCGCAGUGGGUCGUCAACGAGACGCUCCGCCGAGAGCGCUCCUUCUGCUCGCCCGACGCGAACGCGGUGUACGGCGACGGCGGCACUUUCUUCGCCGCCACGGACGCCGCCGGGGUCACCUCCCCGCCGCACCGGCCCCGGCUGUGGGCGUCGGCGCAGGACCAGAAGGUCAUGUCGGACGUCCUCGCGUCGUCCUGCUGCGGCAAGGACGUGUACCGCAAGCUCAUCCCGUACCACUACACGCUGCUCGACAAGGCGGCCUUCGCGAGGCACUUUUACCCGACGGGCAGGUGCAACGAGAUGAAGCGCGAGCGCGGCAACGGCGCGGGCGGAUGCCACUACGCGCCACUCCUCCUCUACAACUCCUCGGACGGCGCGCCGCCGCCGCCAGAGACGAUGGCGACGGUCCCGUGGCGCGUGCUGUCGUCGUGGCACGGCACCGGCGACGGAGAGCGGGCCGGCUGGUCGGGGUCGUGGCUGAGCGAGCCUCCCGCGUUCGCGCACUUUGUGGGCGGCGACGUCUCGGGCACCAAGGUCGCGUAG